AUGACUAAGGGAACAUCAUCUUUUGGAAAGCGUCGAAACAAGACGCACUCCUUGUGCCGUCGGUGUGGAGCCAAAGCUUACCACCUGCAGAAGUCUUCAUGCGGCAAGUGUGGCUACCCUGAGAAGCGCAAGAGAAAGUAUAAUUGGAGCGCUAAGGCAAAGAGGAGGAACACCACUGGCACUGGCCGUCUGAGACACAUGAAGGUUGUCUACCGCAGAUUCAGGAAUGGAUUCAGAGAAGGAACCACUCCUAAACCCAGGCGUGCUGCUGUGGCUGCCUCCAGUUCAUCUUAA